AAAAAAAACAGAGAGCUCGAGCCAAGUCGCCGCCGCCGUCCUGCACGCCAGCUUAUAAUAGGUUGCGCAGCUGUCGUUGCGCAACUCUCCUCUAGCGAACGACUGCGCAGCUGCGCGCGCUUGUUACCACAGAGGCCGCGGAUCAGCCGUGACCCACAGCCCCAGCCUCAGGAGAAAGUGCCGCGUGUCCCGCCGCGCGCGCCGCAAAGCAAAAAACCGCGCGCUCACCGCCGCUCACAAGCAGCAGCAAUAAUACGCCGCUGCCGCGGAAGCGAUCAACACCGCGCGACCGAACAAGACGCGAGAUAACAAUGAUCCCCCAGACCGCCAUGGACUUGGAGGGCGCCGCCGGCUUUAGAAGAACCAAGGACGAGCACUCGAAAGAGCCCGCGUUGGUCGUCCAGCGGAACACGUGCUGUAAAUAUCUGUCAUGCAUCUUCUUAGUGUUACUCGCCGCCGGUCUAUUCGUGUGGCAGAGCGACGCAGCUCUCAGACGCAUAGCCCCCAUGCUCGCGGCGAAACGAGCGCGCGCGCGAGCCGCGCAACACACGGCCCAUAGUAGAUUCACGUCCAUCGGCCAGGAGCUCGAGCAGCACCUCGAGCAGGAGAUGAAGGAGACGGAGAUCGCCCUUCGGUUGCGUUCGCGACUCAGAGAAUUGGAGAAGUUACAUAGAAAAAAUGUCACGAGAGCUCUAGAUGCCGCGGCCAUCGGCGACGCGGCGGUCACGUUCCAAGCUAGAGAUGCCGUGAAGCCCUACUUGGAGGACGCCGUGGAUGCGUUGUUCGAGGAACUCAGAACUGUUAUUGAUGCGAGAAUCCUCCAACCGAUGAUGUCUUCAGGUGCCCAGGCGAAGCAGAGGCACGACGCGCUCCACCAGGAGGUCCUCGAGGAGUUACGAAAGGACAAGGUCGAGCGAGAUGCUUUUCUCAAGGCGAAGCACCAGCAACCGGGCGAUAUUGAUGGAGACGGCUUCCAGGAGCACACUGAUGAUUAUACGCCGAAUUGGUCCGACGACCACUACGACGAAGAGGCGGCGCGGAAGCGCGACGAGCAGUGGCGGAAUGAGGUCGUCGAGCACUUCGCCGAGAGUUUUGCGCACCAUUUCAAUGAUACGGCGGCGAAAGAAGAUGGCCUGCAACCGCGGGCGACGCUGACGGAGGCGGACCCGCUGUUCGAGGAGUUAACAAAAUUGGGCGACGCGCUCGGCUAUCCUGGUGCUUGGGAUGCUGUCAGUAGUAAUGAAACGGCUCCCCGGUUAAGCUGGCGGGAAGCGGAGAAGAAGCUGAAGAGCCUAGAACCGCAGCUCAAGAAGCACCGCUGCCAUCAGUUCGAGCCGUCCGAGGAGCCCGAGGACGACGAGUACGACUACAUGCAGAUUCAUAACGUGGAACAUUAUAUCUCGGAGAUGAAGUGGCACGCGAAGUUGAACUCGCAUCGCGACGAGAUCGUCGGGAAGCUGGCCGAGCACGCCUCCUCUAAAAUCUCGACGAUGGAGCUCGUCGAGCACCUCGAGACGCUCGAGGGCGAGCGCGUCUUCCCGUCGUUCUGGCUCUUCCACGCGCCGGGGAGCUACGACGACUACCGGUACGGCGACUGGUAGUUUCUCUCUAACUGUGUUUCCCUCUUUUUUCGACGUCG